AUGUCAAAAGCAAGAAGAAGACAUCCAUACCUCGUGGGCAACUUUGCCCCUGUUCGUACGACCCUUGCCGCCGAGACAUGCCACUUUGAGGGCACUAUCCCUGAGGAGUUCCUAGGCGGGCAAUAUGUCAGGAAUGGCACCAAUCCCCUCCAAAGCGAAGCUCAGCGUGACUUCCACUGGUUCGAUGGCGACGGCAUGCUCACGGGCGUGUACUUUAAACGUAUCCCAGAAUCACCCAGUGUCCAGCCAGUCUUUACCAACCAAUAUGUUCUAACCGACAUGUACUGCGCAACCGUGCGGAAUCGCCGUCUCUGUCCCAUCAUUCCUAGUGUUGCAACCAUGACCAACCCUGCCUUGUCGACCCUUCGAAUUCUGCUGGAGGUAACGCGGAGUACAAUAUUGAUAUUUGCAUCCAUCUGGGGGUUGGUUGCCCGGCCGAUCAGGCGGGUGAGCAGUGCGAAUACCAGCAUUCUCCAUCACGAUGGUCGUGUCUUGGCUACAAAUGAGGUCGGGCCUCCUAUGCGUGUGUUUCUUCCACUGCUGCAAACCGUGGGCUGGUUCACCGGCAACACAGCAGAGGGGGAGCCUGGGGACUGUGAAAGGUCCAAGCCGUACUUUGGCGGUCCAGGCAUGGAAGGAUUCUAUAAGGAAAUGACCACUGCUCAUCCUAAAGUUGACCUCCAUACUGGUGAACUGCUUCUCUUCCACUCGACGUUUCUUCCACCGUUCGUUCAUUACUCCAUUGUACCUGCUAGAAGCUCGCUAUCCCCGGAGCCCCAUCUCAAUCAACCUGUGCCUGGCCUUACUUCAGGGAAAAUGAUGCACGAUUUUGGGGUUUCCCCUCAACAUACCAUUAUCAUUGACCUGCCUCUCUCACUGGACCCGUCCAAUAUCUUCUACGGCAAACCAGUAAUGCAAUACGAUCCACAUGGCCAAACGAGGAUUGGGGUAUUCCCUCGGCACUUCCCGGAUCUUAUCCGAUGGUUCAAGACGGCCGCCUGUGUGGUUAUGCAUACCGUGAAUAGCUGGGAUGAAGAGACCCCCCGCGGUGUACAGGUGAAUAUGCUCCUUUGUCGCAUGAACAGUGUCGCCCCAUUGUACCAUAUGGGCAACCUGGAUGCGCCAGGGGCUGUGAACCCGCCAGAUCCCGAAUGCCGUCUUUAUUAUUACCAAUUCCCGCCAAGCCAAGAAGGAUCCUCCUCGAUCUCGCAACAGUGGGCGCUAUCAGCCAUUCCGUUUGAAUUUCCAUGUGUGCCCAAGCACCUUGAGAUGAAGCAGGCACGGUUUGUCUAUGGCUGUUCCAUGCGGAAUGGAAAUUUUGCCACCUCCCACAUCAGCAGCUAUAAGAUUGAUUGUCUCGUCAAAAUGGAUGUGCAGCAUCUUCUUUUGCAGGCGAAGUCUGAUCCUCCAUCCCCGGUAUAUGGCUGUGUGGACAAGCGCUCAAUUGCUGACAUACUCGCGUCAAAAAAUCGUGACGACCCCAUCCGAGCUUUUGCCUUCCCAUCAGGAUGGUAUGCUCAGGAGUGUUCGUUUGUGCCGCGCAGGGAUGGAAAGUCCGAGGAUGAUGGCUGGCUCGUUACGUAUGUCUUCAACGAGUCACAACUGGAUGAGAAUGGUGAUGCUCCGCCUAGCUCACACAGUGAGCUGUGGGUCAUUGAUGCGGUGAGAAUGACAGAUGUGGUUUGCCGGGUAGUCCUGCCUCAACGAGUGCCGUAUGGGAUGCAUGGGAAUUGGUUUCCCGAGGAACAGAUUGUGAAUCAGCGAUAUGUGAGGGAGUUCCGUAGCAAGUAG